GUCCGAGCAGCCCCCUCGACUACCAUGGCUGCAGCCUGGAUCCCCGUUCUCUGCCUCGGUGUCUGUCUGCUGCUGCUGCUGCUGCCGGAGUCCGCAGACAGCCAGGGAGCCGUUCCCAUCGCUAUCACAUGCUUUACCAGAGGCCUGGACAUCAAGAAAGAGAAAGCAGAUGUCCUCUGCCCAGGGGGCUGCCCUCUUGAGGAAUUCUCCGUGUAUGGGAACAUAGUAUAUGCUUCUGUAUCAAGCAUAUGCGGUGCGGCUAUCCACAGGUUUUCCUCUUCCAAGUCUCUGGAUAACAUAUUUUUUCAUUUUUCAUGUAGCGAGCAUCCCAAAAUAGAAUUUUACUUGAAGAACUUUACAUCAGCCAAAGACGUUUUGCUUGCUAUAAAGGAAGUAGGUUUUCGAGGUGGUAAUUCCAACACAGGAAAAGCCUUGAAGCAUACCGCCCAGAAAUUCUUCACACCAGAGACUGGAGUGAGAAAAGGGAUCCCCAAAGUGGCGGUGGUAUUUAUUGAUGGCUGGCCUUCUGAUGACAUCGAGGAAGCAGGCAUUGUGGCUAGAGAGUUUGGUGUAAAUGUAUUUAUAGUUUCUGUGGCCAAGCCUAUCCCAGAGGAACUGGGGAUGGUUCAGGAUGUUGCAUUUGUGGACAAGGCCGUCUGUCGGACCAAUGGCUUUUUCUCUUACCAUAUGCCCAACUGGUUUGGCACCACAAAAUAUGUCAAGCCCCUGGUCCAGAAGCUCUGCACUCAUGAGCAGAUGAUGUGCAGCAAGACCUGUUACAACUCAGUGAACAUUGCCUUUCUAAUUGACGGCUCGAGCAGUGUUGGAGAGAGCAACUUCCGCCUCAUGCUCGAAUUUGUUUCCAACAUAGCCAAGAUUUUUGAAAUAUCAGACAUUGGUGCCAAGAUAGCUGCUGUACAGUUCACCUACGAUCAGCGCACAGAGUUCAGUUUCACUGACUACAGCACCAAAGAGAAUGUCCUCGCAGUUAUCAGAAACAUCCGCUAUAUGAGUGGCGGCACAGCUACUGGUGAUGCCAUCUCCUUUACCAUGAGAAAUGUGUUUGGUCCCGUGAGGGACAGCCCCAACAAGAACUUCCUGGUAGUUGUCACAGAUGGGCAGUCCUAUGAUGAUGUCCGCGGCCCUGCUGCCGCUGCACAAGAUGCAGGUAUCACCAUCUUCUCCGUUGGUGUGGCUUGGGCACCUCUGGAUGACCUGAAAGAUAUGGCCUCUAAGCCAAAGGAGGCACAUGCUUUCUUCACAAGAGAAUUCACAGGAUUAGAACCAAUUGUUUCUGAUGUCAUCAGAGGCAUUUGUAGAGAUUUCUUGGAGUCCCAGCAAUAAUGGUGACAUUCUGACAACUGAAAGAAAACGUGCAAGGGAAUAUAAUGUAUGUUAUAUUCUAAUACUGAAAUCCUAUAGAGCAUAUUAGGAUCUGAUACAAAACUAUUAAAGAUGCCAACAGCUGUAAGCAAAUAAACAUGCUACUACCUUUAAAGCUACUACCUUCUAAUUACAAUUUAGACUUAACUGUUCAAAACACUAUGCUAAGGCUUCAUAAUCAUGACCCUUAGAAACUCAGGAAAAAGGAUAUAUUGUGGAUUGAAAUCUUAAAGAGUUCUAUUGUAACAUGCAUAUUAAAUGUAUAUAUAUGCAAAUUGCAUAGCUCAAUAAAAUCGGAUAUUUAGACCAAAAGCAA